UCUCGCUGGGUCUUUUGAUGUGGCACGGUGUUCGUGAGCGUCGGUCCGGCGGCUCUGUGGUAACUUGCGGGAGUUUUGCUGUUUGAGCCUCUCGGCGGUUACGGUCCUUGAUGCCCCUUCUCUCUUUCUUGCUCUGCCCUAGCUGCACUCCGGGAGAGUUGACACUCACCAGGGAAGCAAUGUUAUAAGGAUGUCAUCAGGCAUCCAAAUAAAACCAAAGACUGCAGUACAGAAAAGCAAGACAUCUCCUUUGCCACGUUCUCCAGAACCUGCAAUUAAACCACAGCCAAAGCCUAGUGACAAGCUGAAUCCUAAAACUAUUGAUCCGUUUGGUACUUAUUCUCGACCACCUUCUGCAUUUGCUGCUAUAUACGCUAAAGGUGGCAUUCCAUGCAGAUUAGUGCAUGGCUCAGUAAAGCACAGACUGCAAUGGGAAUGCCUUCCUGAAACUGUUCCCUUUGAUCCUCUUCUUGUAACAUUGGCAGAGGGUCUAAGAGAGACAAAACAUCCCUAUACAUUUGUUUCAAAGGAGGGUUUUAAAGAAUUACUUAUGGUUGAAGGUGCUACUGAAAAAGCAAUUCCCUUGUUGCCCCGUCUAGUUCCAGUGUUAAAGGCUGCAUUGGCCCAUUCGGAUGAUGAAGUAUUCGGAAGGGGAUUGGAUGCUUUAGUUCAACUGAGUGCUGUUGUUGGCCCAUCUCUUAAUGAUCAUCUUAAGCAUCUACUCACAAAUCUUUCAAGGAGAUUAAUGGACAAGAAAUUUAGAGAAAAAAUUACUGUUACUUUACAAAAGUUGGAGCAAUAUGGUGGAAAGGCAACUGUGGGUAUCAUCAAAUCUAAAAUUCCAACCUAUUGUUCUGUCUGCUCUUGAACAAGAAAACUGUAGUGAUUUGUACUGUAAGGUGAAGUUUGGAAAAAAACUGCCUGUGAACAUCACUGACACUUUUUGGGGGUAUGAUAUAUUCUCUUAAAAUAAUCACAAUUCUUCAGCAUGAUGGAGAGUGGGAAAAGUCCUAUCAGUUUGUGAAUACAUAAUUAUGGAAGACUAUUUAAAAUAAUUCUCUCUGUAUUGGCUGCUAUUUGCAUAUGCAUUGUGCUUAUGAUGACAUUGACUAACUGGCUAUUAUUUCAAAAGCAGAGUAAAUAUUGAUUCUUAUUUUGUUGUAAAUUACAAUUUCCUUUAAUAUAUCUGUAGUGCUUAAUAUGUUUUGUACAUGUGUGAUGCAAAAUAAUUUGGCUGUAAUUACUUAAAUAGUAACUAACUUGGUGUUAAAUUACAUAUGUAUACCUGCUUUUGAAACACGUAACUUAUUUUGUGCCACAGGCACAGAUGGAUGCAGAUGGGUUCAUCAGGACUUACUGGGUUAGACGUAGAACUAUGAGGACUCAUCUAGACUUCUUGAGAGUCAGCUUUUGAAGGUAUGAAGCUGAACGCACUAAACAGGUAGCAUAUGGUGCAAAACUGAACUUGCCCAGUGCAUUCUCAGCACAUCGUUUUGAGAAGCUGGAGAGGCUCUGGAGAAUACAGUGGAGAGGCAUCAGGUUGCUCCAUAGAGCCACAGCCCAGGUUUUGCUCAACUAAUUAGUUCCAGUUAGCUUUGGGCCUACUGAAUGUGAGCAAGAUGAAGGAGGCAACUUGGAGUAUUUACAACCGUGCUCCCUUUGCACUGAGUUCUGUAAUGCCACAGAUAUGCUUGGGACUAGCUUGUGAAGUCAGCUCCAGACAAGCUAAUAAAACUUCUGAACAUGGAAGCUAUGAAAAAAAUAUGAGUUAAAGACAAUAAAAAGAUUGCGGAAGCCAGCUUACCUGGCUGUCAAGCCUUGUAGGGUGCAGCAUUUGUCCAUGAACGUAUUUGAACUUGAUUGCAAAAUAAUUCCUAACAGGACUUGUAAUAAAUACUGUUCAGUGUUCAUGAUGUUAUGGGUAUUUGAGUUACUCUGUGAGGGAGAGCUGACUGAAGUAACAAAAUUUGCCAUAGAACUUUUUCCCCUGAGGAAAAUUCAAUUCUGGAGUUCAAAGUUGUUGGAAGGGAGUUUUUGUGUCAUCAGAAGAUGUUGUUGCAUAAGGUAUUAAGAAAGUCUGUCAUGUGAAAGCAAUUUCAGAAUUUUUGGAAAAUUACCACUGCUUGGCUAAAUUAAAUUUACUUCCAGACUGUGCUAAGAUCUCUGCUGAGAUCAGAACUGUGCUAAGUCAAGAUCUAUGUAUUUAAGCUUUUUAAAAAAAAUUAAUUUUGUUGGCAAAAAUGUUUAAUUUGAAAAAAUACAAGUCUUUGU